AAACACACAAAACGUGGUGGAAUCGAACUCUCAAGGGGAAAACGUUGCAGAUUUUCUCUGAGUCUUAUGGAGUCGUUAUAUAUAUUUAAAUCUGAAUCCAUUGCCACGUUUCACUCUACUUUCAAAGUUUCACCUGCAACCACCAACCCUUUCCAGCGCCGCUUCUAUUCCUCAGUAGGUUACUCAAUUCUCUACGGAUUAUAACAAGUUAACAUUAAUCCUUGUUCGAUUGAUUCGUACUGCUUUCGAGUUAAUGGGUUGCAAAUUUUCAAAGAGGGCUGUUUCAAGGCCGUAUUCAUCUUAUAGCUCGACAUCAAAUCCAUGGGUUUAUCCACAAUCGCCAUUUCCUCAACCACCAGUGACCCAAUCAUAUGCUUACCCUCCUUCGCCUUAUCAAAGCUAUCCUGAUCAAGCUCCUACAGUUAAGAAGAACCUUGAGAGAAAAUACUCCAGAAUAGAUGAUAAUUACAACAACUUAGAGCAGGUUACUGAUGCUCUAGCACGCGCUGGUUUGGAGUCUUCAAAUUUGAUUGUUGGUGUAGAUUUUACCAAGAGCAACGAGUGGACAGGUGCAAGGUCUUUUCAUCGAAGAAGCUUACAUCAUAUUGGAAUUGAUAUGAACCCUUAUGAAGAAGCAAUAUCAAUAAUUGGAAGGACAUUAGCUUCCUUUGAUGAGGAUAAUUUAAUUCCUUGUUUUGGAUUUGGAGAUGCUUCAACUCAUGAUCAAGAGGUGUUUAGUUUCUACCCGGAUGACAAAUUUUGUGAUGGAUUUGAAGAUGUUUUGAGACGGUAUAGAGAAUUAGUACCUCAAUUGCGGCUUGCAGGGCCCACAUCAUUUGCCCCUAUCAUUGAAAUGGCAAUUACCAUUGUUGAACAAAGUGGUGGUCAAUAUCAUGUCUUGUUGAUCAUUGCCGAUGGCCAGGUCACAAGAAGUGUUGAUACUGACCAUGGUCAACUAAGUCCACAGGAAAGGAGAACUGUUGAUGCUAUUGUGAAAGCUAGCGAGUAUCCAUUGUCAAUAGUAUUAGUUGGGGUUGGAGAUGGACCAUGGGACAUGAUGAAGGAAUUUGACGACAAUAUUCCUGCUCGGGCUUUUGACAAUUUUCAGUUUGUAAAUUUCACAGAAAUUAUGUCGAUGAACAUGGAUUCAUCUAGGAAGGAAGCAGAGUUUGCUCUUUCAGCCUUGAUGGAGAUACCUUCACAAUAUAAAGCAACACUUGAGCUCAACAUACUAGGUACUCGUAGAGGAAAUGCUAUAGAUAGGAUUUCUCUUCCACCACCACGUUAUGGUGGACCAAAUCCUUCACGAUCCACUACUUUCCAACCAACUCUCAAAACAAGAGAAACAUCAUCAACUCACACAAAUUAUCAUGGGACUUCUACCUCAGAUAAUAAUCUUUGCCCCAUCUGCAUAACUGCUCGGAAGGACAUGGCUUUCGGCUGUGGGCAUCAGACAUGUUGCGAAUGUGGCACAGACCUUCAACUUUGCCCUAUUUGUAGGAGUCACAUACACACCAGAAUCAAACUUUAUUAAACACCAGCCCCCAUGUUUUCUCUUCAUAUUCUUUCUCUCCAAUACCCCCAAAAAAAUUGCAAAAUCUUAGGGUAAGCUUUUCUUGUGAUCUUGUAAAUUAGUUGCAUAACUUUAGGAUGUAUCAUAUGCAUUUCUUUAACCAAAAUAAAUUCAUAUAAUUAAUUUCACUCUACAAAUACCAUACCCUCUUCCCUCAACAUUAUUAUCAAUAUCAAUACUCCCAUGGGUGGGACACGGGCCUCGUGUAAACCACUCGAGUGCUUCAUACUUUUUCUUUUA